AUGGCGGCACUGCGAGGACCGCGCAUUCCAACUGGCUCAGCGGCCUGGGUUGCUGACGAGCGCGCCUCUGCCCUUACGAUUGUCGAUGUUGAAGUCGAUGAGUUCACAUACGCGGCUCAGAAUGAGUUCGAAUGGCUUAAUGAACAUAUGGCUAGUAUAUUCAACGAGAAUGAGACAAACAUUGCCGAAACAUUCAAAACACCCGGAAAGCUUCGAGGCAAGACACCUCGUACUGCGCGUAAAUUAAUAUCAACAGAGACAAGGAUGCCCUUGUCCAAUGUAUUUGGUGGUACACCAACAAGUUCAGCAAACCGCUUCGCCCAGCACCUCUACGCGCAAUCACCUCAAAGAGAGCUAUUGAACCAGGCCAAGACAUCAUCACCCCGACGCCCUGCUCCAUCACCGAAACCAGCUCAAUCUAUUUCCAAUGAUCCAAUUGACGAUGCAUCAGCACACCCUACCAGUGAGGCUGAGCGUAUUCUCUCAGACCAGGACGCACUCAUGACUGUCGACGAGGAGACGGAGGCUCUAUCAGGUGCCAAAUCUCAACCCCCAAUGCAGGCUGAUUCAGGCUAUUUCGGAAGCCAAGACGUCAACCCCGUUACGCCUUUUGAUCCCAUGGCCGAAGACGAAGACGAUGACGAUGACGAAGACGACUCACUCCUUGAUGCAACCAGCUUUAACGAAGACAUCGCCUUUCCUCAGCCAAGCUCUUCCCGAGUUUCACCUGUGAAGCAAGGCGCAAAAUCUUCAUCACCAGCCAAGACUCAGGAACCAGCGACUGAUGAUAUUGACAUGGGUGAUGUUGACGAAGAGCCUGAGGCCAACGAGGACGCGGUCCCAGAUGAUGGUCAGUCCCAGUCCGAUGGUCCCAGUCCUGUACGACCAGGGUUCCGCAACAGCCUCCAAUUUGCUUCCCUCCCCGCCAGAGAGCCCCUUACAGCAGGCAAGGCCAGAGUUUCCCGCACAAGUCAUAUUGAUCCUAAGAGGACAAGCUACCUGGCAAGAGGCAAGAGCAUGGCAAGCCAUGCUGGUGAGGAUGCAUCAGACGAGUCAGAUCAGGAUGACAUGGAAGUGGAUGAAUUACCUUCGGUGCCACAAUCCAAGAACGCCGAGGAACUUGCUUUGCACCACAACAAGACAUAUACACAGAUGCUGCAAGAUAAGAUCAGUGUUCUUGGAAAAUCACAGCCAAGCGGAAGUCGACCAUCAAAGUCGAUCCACAGUAUCACAAACUCUCAGCAACCACAAACAGUAUCUCAGUCUGUCCCUGAGCCACAAUCAACACCCCCCAGGUCGCCCAAGAAGCAGGACAUGACCACAACCCCUGGCGCUUUCCCUCAAGAUGAUGAGGACGACGAUGACUGGAUCGUCCCUCCCACUACUCAGAAAUCCGCUGCCGCGCCUCCUACCCGACCAUCACUCUCUAAGAGCCGGACAGCUGAUGUUAUGGAAGGAAUUCAUGGCAAGCAAACUCUCGGAUCUUUCGACUUGGAUCAAGACCCCGCCAGCAUUCGUUCACCUGCUCGCGCCCACUCUCAACGCGAGAAGCCCAGCUAUAUGAGACAUUCCAAAUCUGUCUCAGUACCAGCUGUGCCGAUGUUCACUGCUUCUGAACGACAAGAGGGAAGUCCUUUGAAGCAGACAGUGUUUGGUUCAGACUCUCCCCCGCGACCAGCUACUGCUGUCUCAGUCGUUUCAGCUGUUGGUUCCUCAUCCCCAUCCAAAUCUCCAUCAAGACUCUUCCGUGACAGUCCUUUGAAGCACCUUAAGAACAAGAUGUCAUCUAUUCUAAGUACGUCCAAGGGUCUUAUGGCCAGCAGCGCAGCGCUGAGUGCUGAGGGCAAAUCCUCUCUCCUCUCACCCUCAAGAGUUCAAGUUGGAACUUUCCCUGGCGAUUCCGACGAGUCAGUCGCUCAUAAGCCGAGUAUUGAAUCCUUCAGAAGCGGCAGCACUGCAACUGAUCAGCAGCCAAAUGCUCCUCGCCCGGUUGCUAAGCGCACAAGGGCAUCAGUUGAGCGUGAGAAGGAAGAGAAGCGUCGUGAAAAGGAGGCUAGGUUCCAAGCUGAGCAGAUGGACAAGCUGGAGAAGGAGCGUGAGAAGGAGAGGGAAAAGGCACGAGUCUUUAGCAAGGAACAAGAGAAGCUUGCCAAUUUGGAAAAGCAGGUCGUUGCUAGGAAAGAGGCCGAACAACCUGUGCAAGCUACGCCUCAGCCUAAGCGAACCAGCCCCCGAAGGGCUAAGCCACAGGAGGAACUCGACAGUAGGUUUGCUGAGCCAGAGAUGGAAAUGGUCGACGCCCCUAGUCUGGUCCCUCCUCCUUCCGUUUCGCGAUCUGCUGCCCCUAGCCAAUUAUCGCGCGCAAAGGAGAUCAGACGAAUCGGAAAACCAAGUAGGGAGACAACUACAAAGUCCAAGCCUGCGCCUACUGUCCACAUCAAGGUCAACACUGGCUCACAGUUGCACCCUGGCAGCUCUGUGGCCAACGGCUAUCAAGACCUUGGAGCCUCAACAAGCUCUCAGCCGCCUCAAAUGCCUAGCAAGGCAAGCAAGGCCUCUAUGCAACCCAAGUCAUCGGCUUCAGGCUUCGCUACUUCCACAGGGUCAAACGGCCGUCCCAGGACUCUUGACAUGGUGGCGCAGAAGAAGGCGCAAGAUGAGCAGGCUCAACGCCGACGUGAUGCAAAGGCCAAGGCGGAACGAGAUGCCAAAGCAAAGAGCGAGCGCGAGCGAGCGGCGUUGAAGGAGGAGAAGAAGAAGCAGGAGUUGCUACGCCGUCAAGACGAAGAACGACAGAAGCGACAAGCACUUAUCGAGAAGGCUAAGAAGACCCCUGCGCCACCUCCAGCCGUUCGAUCACAGCCAAACGGCCCCCCUGAUUCUAUUCAACGUGAUGGUAUUCCUCGUCCUCCCUCUCGCAUGAAUUCAAACAUCUACAGGCCAGGAGACGACCUGGGCCGUCCCAUCAACGGUUCCAAGUCUGCCAUCAAGAGACCUCUCGGCCGCGACGUUAACGAGGAUGGGCCUUCAAGGCCCCCACCUACCCGUGGUCCUCAGUACCAAGCAAAGGAUGCCAAGCGUCGCCGAACAAGCGAUGACUUUGCUGAUGAGCUGGAUAUGGAACAGCCUCCCAACAUCAAGGGACCUCCCGUUCGUCCAUCCAGCGCUUUUAAGAGGGAUCUGCAGGUGAAGAGCUUGGCCAGCGGCUACACCCAAGCCAGUGCACAGAAUCUUUUCAAGACCAACAUUGCUCAAAGUCACAUGAAGGGCGGCAACCCUAUGGACAUGGCGCAGAUUCACAAGGGAACCAUUCCCUUCGCUCCCAACCCCAACCCUGCAGGACCUGCAUACAAGACACCCGGACGUCCUGGUCCUGUUGGUGGACUCAAAUCUGCGGUUAAGUCUGCCCAAAGAUCGUCGCCACGCUUCCAGAACGGUGAUGCAAUUGAUCUCCCAGAGAUCCAAACAGACGAUGAAGAUGAGGAAGAUGAUGAACCACAACCUGGCACAGUUGCUUCUUGGGCCAAUUCUCCUGCCAUUCGCGCGGCCCUCCUGGCACAAGAAAAGAUGAACCCUGCAGCAAUUUUUGGAGAACCAGGACCAAUCAACAUGGACGAGGUCUUCCAUGCUAGCAAAGAUAGACUUCACAAGUUCCGCGCCCGAACCUCGAGUGCUAACUGGAGCGGUAACGAUCGACUUACCGAAGAAGACAUCCGAAAGGAUCUUGCUGCCAGAGAUAGGCUUCGACGAGAGGGGGGUUGGUCUUACCAACUGGGCAGAGAUAUGAUGUAA